AUGCUAACAAUUAAAUAUGAAAUUAAAUCAAUACAUGAGAAAUUAGAUAUAAUUAUUCAGAGAGACGAAGAAAAUACUUUGACAAAAACUAAAGAAUCUCAACUCUUAUACGACACUUGUUUUAUAGAUGAUAAAUUGCCUAUUAAAAGCCAGGAAAAUCUACAAGAAUUAGAAAAUGAGUUAUCUAUUGAUAAAAAUUAUCGGCAUCAGUUGGUCAAACGUUUAUCAUCUGUUGGUGGAAAAUCCAUUAAAAUUAUGGUAAAACGAAUAAUGACUCUAAUGUUUACACCUGAAUUGCUAUGCAAAUAA